CUUGAGGUGUAUACAUGAGGUGUGUCAACCUUAACAAAGACAAUGAUGCUCGAUAUUGACGGUAUAUGACGUCAUUUUUCCAAAGUGCCGACGAGCCUCCUCUGAUGUGAUAAGAGAAUCAGUAAAAUAAGGUCCUUUGCUGCUCAUGCAGCUCUGCAUCAGGACUAUCCUCUCCUUUUGUACUAGUGUUUUGGACAGAACUUUCUCCUUGACCAAAGGAACCUGUGCAGGACCGGGAACCGACCCAGAUGUCAUCAAAGCCAGUCCAAAUGCUGUGUCUCCGACCAGUGUAAACUACCAUUUUACACGCGAGUGUAACUACAAGUGUGGAUUUUGCUUUCAUACGGCUAAAACGUCCUUUGUGCUACCUCUGGAGGAAGCCAAGUGGGGCCUCAAACUGCUGAGGGAUUCUGGUAUGGAAAAAAUCAACUUCUCUGGAGGAGAGCCAUUCUUGCACAAAAAAGGAGACUUUCUUGGAAACUUGGUCCAAUACUGCAAACAAGACUUGCAACUUCCAAGUGUCAGCAUAGUCAGCAACGGAAGCAUGAUCAAGGAACAGUGGUUCCAGAAAUAUGGCGACCAUCUUGACAUCCUGGCCAUAUCAUGUGACAGUUUUGAAGAAGCUACCAACCAGCUGAUUGGCCGAGCUCAAGGCAGAAAGAGCCACCUGAACAAUCUCUACAAGAUCCAGAACUGGUGUCAGGAAUAUAAAGUGGCCUUUAAAAUAAAUUCAGUCAUCAACACCUUUAAUGUGGACGAGGACAUGACAGAUCACAUCAUUCAGCUCAACCCAGUCCGAUGGAAGGUGUUCCAGUGUCUGCUGAUUGAUGGUGAGAAUGCAGGCGAGAACGCCCUGAGAGAAGCAGAGAGGUUCACCAUCAGCGACCACCAAUUUCAGGAGUUUCUGGACAGACACAGUAGUAUUUCGUGCCUGGUUCCUGAGUCCAAUGAGAAGAUGAGGAAUUCUUACUUGAUCUUAGAUGAAUAUAUGCGUUUCCUCGACUGUCGAGAGGGUCGAAAGGACCCAUCCAAGUCCAUCCUUGAUGUUGGCGUGAGCGCGGCCAUCAGCUUUAGUGGAUUUGAUGAGAAAAUGUUUCUAAAAAGGGGAGGGAAGUAUGUGUGGAGCAAAGCUGAUAUGAAGCUGCAGUGGUGACGUUAUACCACCCAAGGAUAUUAAAUUGUAUGGACAGAG